UGCUGAGAAUGAAGUGACAGAGGAAGAAAAGCUGGGACCUGAUUAGUCAGACAGAGGCAGACUGCACAGCUGAGGCUUUACUUCAUCUACUUUCUCACUUUUUGGGGUGCACUACACUUUUCGCGUCACUGUAAAUAUGUCGUCUUUGUCCGUAACUCCACCAGAGCGUCUGAAGACGCCUCUGACGGUUCCUCAGCGCCACAUGUUUGGACCGGGACCUUCCAACGUUCCACCCCGCAUCCUGGAGGCUGGGGCCAAACCUGUCAUUGGACACAUGCACCCUGAAAUAUUUGAGAUAAUGAGUGACAUCAAAAGUGGAAUCCAGUACAUGUUCCAGACUCAGAACAACAUGACUCUAGCUGUGAGCGGUACCGGCCACACUGCCAUGGAGUGUGCUAUCUUCAAUGCAGUGGAGCCCGGGGACAGCGUGCUGACUGCGGUGAACGGCAUAUGGGGCGAGCGCGCCGCAGAGAUGGCUGAGCGGAUCGGGGCCAAAGUAAAUAGAAUUGUGGCGCCCCCUGGUGGCUUCUUCACGACUUCAGAAAUUGAGCAGGCCUUGUCAACAUACAGGCCCGUCCUGUUCUUCCUUGCACAUGGAGAGUCUUCCACGGGUGUUUUGCAUCCUUUGGAUGACAUUGGGCAUCUGUGCCACAGGUAUAACUGUCUGCUCCUCGUGGACUCCGUGGCUUCUAUAGGAGGAGCUCCUGUAUACAUGGACAAGCAAGGCAUAGACAUCCUGUACACAGGCUCUCAAAAGGUUCUGAAUGCUCCUCCGGGUACAGCUCCUAUCUCCUUCAGUGAGAGAGCAUGCCAGAAAAUAUUCAAGCGAAAAUCAAAGCCGGUGUCAUUCUUCCUGGAUUUGAGUUGGCUUGCAAACUACUGGGGCUGUGAUGGAAAGCCAACCAGAAUAUAUCAUCACACUGGUCCAGUCACUGCCUUUUAUUCUCUGAGGGAGAGUCUGUCUGUUCUUGCUGAAGAGGGUCUGGAGAAUUCGUGGGAAAGACACCAAAACGUGGCUGAGUAUUUCCAUAAUGGCCUGGAGAAAAUGGGCCUCAAACUGUUUGUAAAAGAAAAGAGCGCGAGACUGCCUACAGUUACCACUAUUGUUGCUCCUCGUGGAUAUAACUGGAAGGAGAUCACCACCUACAUCAUGAAAACACAUAACUUAGAGAUCUCUGGAGGGCUAGGGCCAUCAGUUGGCUUGGUGCUACGUGUGGGACUGAUGGGAUGUAACAGCAGCAGGGCUAAUGUGGACAUGGUGCUGGCAGCGCUGAAAGAUGCACUGAGACAUUGUCACAAGAGCAAAGUGUAACAAACCAGAAUCAAUAAAAUUGUCAUAAGGAGGAACUUGUGUAAUAAAUAAACACAUACGGUCAGUAUUGUCUUUUUUAAA